UAUAGUGGUAAAAUUGGUAGAAGGCGAAUUGCCAUAAGCAAUGUCCGUCAUUUUCUUAUCGAAAAUGCGCUAUUUUCCCACGUAAUUCGGCAUAUGUGGUAUCUUGGUGUUGUGCAAAGUACAGCCGUGGACCCAAUUGUGUGGAAAGUGGUGAAAAAUUGACUUGGAUAGUGGAUAUUUUGGUGGAAAAUCCAAGUUGGUCCCGUGCGAUGGGAUUGAUGGUAGCGCAUCGCCGUGUAAAUUAUCAUGUGUAACUGUGUGUGACUUUCGUUUUAUGUUUUUUUUCUUUGGUGUUUUGGGGUAAAAACGUGGACACUGUGCACCCCAAAAGGUCAAUGGACAGUUGUAGUGACUGCCAAACUAUCAUUUAAUCGUGCUAGUGUGACUUUCCUGCGGGAAAAUUGCGGAGAAAAAGGUAUUUUUUCCUAAUCAUCAUCGUCUAAUUCAACAUAGCAGCCAUUAGUGGGCGCUAGUUGUGUUAUUGUAUUGACUCGAAAUUCUUCACACACAUACACACACACGCCGAACGUCAAAAGAAUUUUUCACGUGUGCGCGAGUGUUGGUGAUCCUAUUUUGACGGAUUGUUGGAAAAUUAUUUUAUAUUGUUUUGAUCCGUUUUUCAUCAUCUAUUUAUAAUUUGGAAAAUCUAACUGGCAAGUUGGGAAAAUUCCCCACAAAUUUAUCAAUUGCCCAAGUCAGCUUCCCUCCAAAUCCAUUCAGUAUCAAUCAAUGGAGUUUGUGUCUCAAUGACUGGCUUCUGUUGGCUUUUUCUGCCUCUUCCGGACAUCUAGCCAUCAUUCCCGUGGCACCAGAAGCUUCUCCAUCGAGCCCAGGAUUGAGUUUGGCCAGAAGCCACACUCAAAUUCCAUCCAAACUGCCAGUUUUCUUGAGAAAACCUUCCCCUUUUUGUCUAGGGUGGAGGAAAGUACCUCUUCCCUUGCUUUCCCUCUUUCUUGUGACUCACAAUUGACUGAUUUGUGACGCUCCUGUGUGUCCUUCUAUCCCAAGCCCAAGCCUCUCUUCUACAAAAAAAAAUCCCUCCUCUCCAAGAGACCCGGAAUCUAGAGGGAAGCUCUGCCCGGAAGCUAGAGCCCCCGUUCCCCAUCUAAUUAUCCACUUUAUCAAUUAAUUACUCCAUUUAAUUAGAAAACCCAGAAAAUCCUGAAAAUCUGUGAAACUGUGUUAAAAGUGAAGAGUUUUUCCAAGAAAUCACAGCAUCAACAAAUCGUCAACAUAAAUAAAUACCAUUAAAAAUACGGGUUUAAAUGUUCAGUGACUGUGAGUGAGAAGGAAAGAUAUUGGCUUUCUUUCAAAGAAAAAACCAAGGAAUAAUUUUAUUAAAAAAAAAAUAGUGAGUGAAGUGCUUUUUGCCAGAGAUUUUUGGCAAAAGAGGAAUACCAGUAAUCCCAGGAGUAAUCCCAGUGUUUUGUGCACCUCCAAAGUGGGCUUCCUGAAGGUAUCCACCAGGAAGAACCCCAAAAAAAAAGCCCCCAAAAGUGUGUAAUGGUCAGGCAACAAUUAGUGAAGUGCUUAGGGCAGUGCAUAGAAAAAUAAAUAAAUAAAUAAAUAAUUCUAAAGCUGUGGCCGAGGAUAAAUUCAGUUAUUAUGUGGCUGGGAAAUGAUGGAAAUUGAUGUGAAACAGAGAAAUCAGCGAAUACGAAGACGGGUGAGGGCUCAACGCAUGCAGGCUGAGAGAGACCGAGACGUCGUCGAUGGGGGCGACCCCGAUAGUGCUGAGGAGGAGCAAAUAGCAGCACGUGAGAAGCCGGCAAGGCCCCCAUUGCGACGGAAAAAACCAAAGGAACCAGCUCCACUCCUCGAAGAAGAUAUCAUUGAUGGUUUUGCUAUCUUGGCUUUUAAAUCCUACGAAGAUUUAGAGUACGCUAUAAAAAUUGCCAACAAACGCAACGAGAAGAGAUUAUCGGCUAUAGCUGAAUUGACAGCACUGGCCACGGUGGAUGAGAAACCACCGAAAAUUGAUACUGGACAAAGGGACAAGGACCGUGAUCGUGACAACAGAGAUAGAGAAAGAGACUGGCAGUACCAAAUCAUCACAUCAACAAUAAUCACAGCAAUCAUCAACAAGGCAAUCUGGUGGUUAAUCAUUUAUCACAUAAUUCAUUAACAAUAGCACAAGACCCGGGAACUUCUGAUGACAGUGGACGGGCUUCUGAGAGAUUG